AUGCGUAAAUCUUUGGUUAGUCUGGACAUUGUGCUCGGCGUGGCUGUUGGGAGCGCGUUCAUGUCCCUGCUGGACAAAGAGGAAGGAAAAACCGGGGAGGUCGCGGCAGCGGAGGGAAAUAAUAAGUUGGAAGUGGGCCAUCCAUCCCGUUUGGAGGUCGAUGAGGACUUGUCUGAGCGCAAUGAGAGCUCUGCCCAAUACUCCGACCUAUUGUCUCCCAAGCGCCCUUUUUCAUUGAGACGGGGUGUCUGGGUCAGGCGAUGGCCGGCCGCUUGGCUUGGCGAGUCCAACCAUGGCCUUGUGGGGGUCAUGAGAUCCCGCAGGUCGAUGUAUUUCCAAGGCUGGCUGAUUGUCAACGAGGUUCAGAGCUUGUCGACGUGGAUAGGCGUCUUUUGA